CUGAAAGUAAAGAUGGAGAUGACAAGAUAUUUUCCUGCAUUGUUUCUGAUCUGCUCUCUCUCCAUGGCUCAGCUCCAAGCUGCAGACGAUAAUGAAAUUAUUUCACAUUUAAGGCAAACAGAAUCACAGGCAGCAGAUGCAGGGAAUCUCUCUGACAAUCAACAAACUUGUGCACAGGACAUCAAUGCAGUGCUGAGAGAGAUGAGCUCCUCAUUGGCUGGACUGAAGGUAGAGAUGAGGUACCUACAGAGAGAUUAUGAAGAAAAAACGAAAGAACUGGAGCUGCUGAAACAACUGUACCAAGCUCAAACGAAAGAAGUGGAGGUGCAGAAAGAAGAGUUGGACAAACUGAAACAACAGCAUCAAGCUCAUGCAGAGGAACUGCUGAGAGUUCAAACCAGGGCAAACGGCACUGAACAGCAGGUGGAGGCUUUGAGGACAGAAGGAGAAGUGAAACGAGUGGCUUUCUCAGCCUCCUUGUUGGACUCAGGUGGUGGAGAGUUUGGUCCAUUUAACACACACACAACUCUGGUCUUCAGACAUGUUGUUUCAAACAUUGGAAAUGCCUACAACAAAAACACAGGUUUUUUCACAGCUCCAGUCAGAGGAGUCUACCACUUUGAGUUCUAUAUCUAUGGACCUGGACAUGCUUCAUAUCCUUCAGGUGCUGUGUUGACUAAGAAUGGAGAACAUAUAGUUAUUGCAUAUGAACAUCAGCCUUCUGAUGCUGCUAAAUCUGCUAAUGGUGUCACAUUGCUGCUAGAGGUUGGAGAUGUUGUAUUUUUGCGUCAGUGGCAAAACUCAAGAAUUUAUGACAACCAAAAUCGUCACACAACCUUCAGUGGUCCUCUGCUUUUCACCAUGUGAGCAGCAAGCAGGGCUGAUUUCAACCAUCAUCUCUACAUGUCAGAACUGACUUUGAGCUACAUUGGUGUGAAAAGUUAUUUGCUUUUUUCUUGAUGUUCUAAUAUUUUGCAUGUUUGUUAUAAUUCAGUGAUUCGUAACAUCAGCUCAAUUUAAAUUAACUAAACACAAAGUGCAGUUUUGAAAUAAGGAUGUUUUUUCUGAAGGUAGGAAAUAAUCCUAACCCACCUCGUCCUGUGUGACAAAGUGAUUAACCUGAUUACUGCCACACCUGUUCUCAAUUAAAACAUCACAUAAGAGCUUCCUGGAAAAGCAAAGUACACAAGCAGUUCCUCAAAACGUUGACUUCAUUUUGAGAUCCACCAAAA